ACAGAAACCACCAUUUCAUCGAUUCGACGUGAGAGCAAAGUCUCCUGAAAGGCACUCAAGAACCAGAGUCGAUCUUGUCCUUCGUAUUUUUCGGCAGCAAUUGAAGAUGUUUCGUCCAGUUGCAAUCUGUGCAGCUCUCUGCCUGGUGGCAGCAGUCGGCGUUGCUUUCGCCGAUGAGACGGAUGACCUUAAACUGAGGGCAUUGCUCACUGAUUUUUUGGAGAAUUCCAAGAGAGGCUCCGAUGGCUGCAUGAAAAAUUUGGAUAAUGGACCUAUGGCGUUUAACUGGGUGGUGCAGGAUGCGGACAAGUCAAAGUUCGGCAACAUUGGACUGUGGCUAUUUAAGAUAGACGGAUCAGACCAGGUCAAUUUCGGCAUCACUAUCGAUAAAUACGAAGAACUCAUAAGAAAAACCCGGCAAUGGACUCCUCAAAAGGGGGCUCACGAGAAGAAAAUCGAUUUCGAAACGGACGAUGCUUACUUGACGAUGACCAUCAACUUCAUGGAUGGAACUCCCGUGUCCGCCUGUCUUGCCAAGUCAUAGGCUCCUGUCUCCAACGACUCGUAUUUACAUUUUGAUUAAUAGCAAUUUGUGAAUUAUACGACUACGAUGUAUUUUGUUUUAAAAACUUAUUUACUGAGCAGAAUUUGUUACUAAGGUGUCGGGUUAAUUCAAACUAAUAAUAUCCGGUUUGGUAGUGUGACGUCACUUCAGUGUAAACCACGCCCACUGCAUAUUGACAUAAUAUUGGAACUGGAAGUUAACGCAACUCGAGUGUUUAUCCAAUGGGCGCAAGUAAUCAGUGGUAGUGGGCGCGCGUAUGACGAAGUCACUAACGAACCGGAUUGCAUUCUUUUGCUUUGUAGUCUCUUGUUAUUUCAUAGUAGCUUACCAGGGUGUCAAGCUGCACUACGCUCCCACCACUACCUGCUCAGUCUCUCACUCUGGUAUUGAAUCAUUUGCAUAUUAUCCGAAAUUUUAGGUAGGUAUGCAAAUGAGGAAUAGCCUGGUGCCUGCCUGUGGUUAAAUUUGUUUUUGUAUGUGGGGUCUGGGGUAAUCAAUUCGUCGCGGCGUGAGUUACGACCGUGAAGCAGGAUUUGUUUUUUAUAUCUUAUCCAGCCAAUAUGCUGUAUCACAUUUCAUAUUAAUAUGAGCAAAUUGGAAAAGAAAGGAAUUAUUUUGGAGAAGGUGUUGACGUAAUACAACGAACGCGAAAACACGCAAUACACGUUGGAAAUAACAACACCAAGUACAUGAUAUAACGUUAUACCUGCUAAUAUAAUUGCCUAGGGAAGAGGUUGGGAGCUUUCUAUUGUACCCUUUUUCGUUGUUUGAUCAAAUUUAUUGUCUCGUUGUUUUACUAUUGCGUUUACUAUUUGUCUUUUGUUGUUUUCUUGAAGCUAAUAAAGGUUAUACUAAGGAAAGAGCAAACCAGACUAUCACUUCAAAAUACAUGACUGGAUAAUCACAGUAAAACAAUCCAUUAUUUUUUUAUUUUUUUUU